UUCUCUCCUCUUUCUUUCUCCUUUGUCCGCAGCCAACUUUAGCUUUUCUCUUCCUCCUCUCCUCUUCCUCCCUCCCUCUCUCUGCAAGCUAGACAUAUCUGGCCGCAGCUGCGGGCUAGUUAGGGUUGGUGCUUGGAGAGAGGUACCCUUUCCUCCCUUGCAUAUCAAGCCUUGAGAUCACCCCUCACCUUUUUUGAUCCCCUAAACACAAAGUUAGUAGUCCUUGGUUGGUGGGGUACUAGAGCAAGGCAGAUCAAGGAGGAGGGGUGCAGAAAGAAAGAGGGAUCAGCUCUAGCUAGAGGAGGAAGGAGAGGCACUUGUUAGCUGCUUGACUGUAGCUAGAUUUAUACACCUCCAUACAUAGCGAGCGAGGGCCGAGGAUCUUGUACAGAUGUCUCAGGCGAUGUCGGGUGGCACCGGCGGCGGCGGCGCAGGGCAGUUCGGGGACACGACGUUCACCAAGGUGUUCGUGGGGGGCCUUGCCUGGGAGACGCACAAGGAGGGCAUGCGGGCCUACUUCGAGCAGUUCGGCGAUAUCCUUGAGGCGGUCGUCAUCACUGACAAGAACACCGGUAGAUCCAAGGGAUACGGAUUUGUAACUUUCCGCGAGCCGGAGGCAGCACUGAGAGCUUGCAUCGAUCAGUACCCGGUAAUCGAUGGAAGGAGGGCCAACUGCAACCUUGCCUAUCUCGGGGUCAACAAGUCCAAGACUGCACCGGUGCCGCCAUAUCUGCAGCCAUAUGUUUGUUCCUUUCAUGGAUACGGCGAUGAUACGGCAGCUCAUGUUUACGGGGGAGGCAGCAUGCGGGCAGUGAAGUCCAUCCAGACAGCUGGUGCUGGUGGUGCCAGCUUGAUGAGCUUCGUGCCGGCCGAUCAUGGCAUCCAGCAAGGGAUUCCUACCACCUACAAUCCUUAUGCCGGGUAUUCCCCAUAUUUCUCGGACUACGGCUAUCCGCUGCAGAGCUACUACCAAGCCUACGGUGGGCUGCAGGGAGCCCAACAACAGUACGCUGCUGUCUUCGGCGGUGGCGCAACUGCGGCAGGGCUGACAAUGGCGACGGCGCCCAACUCCUCCGGCGGGCUCUACCCCUACUUCCAGUAUGGUCCGGCGACCGCAGCCGGGUAUAGCUUGGCUCAUCAGUACCCCCAGUUGUACCAGUACGCCGCGGCUGGGGUGGGCGCCACGACAGCGGCGGCGGCGACCCUGAACACGGUUGCCGGCGGCCUCCAGCAGUACGCUGGCGCGGUGGCCUUCACUCCCAAUUCUAUUGGCCAAGCAGGCGUGACAAUGUCUAUGACGACAGCUCCAACUCUGUCAGCCCCGACAACGCAGUACCAGCUCAGCAGGCUUAUUCCUUCUCACCUCGCUGCGGCUCCAGAUCAGAAGCCCAGCUUGGCCUAGAAUAACACCAUGCAUGGCUAGCUGCACCUCUCUCGCUCUCUCGUGUCUUUCCAACCAUGCAUGCACCUAUAUAUCAUCAUCUUCUUCGGUUCCUUUGAUACCCGUGUCAGUAGUCACACACAGUCAAUGCAUCAUACAAGUCUUAGCUUCAGGUGAAAGUGAAUUGAUUGCAGUAUAUAUGGUGCACACUGCACACACCAUGCAUGCUGUCUGCACAUACAGCUGAGACUUGACUAACUUGACGCCAAUGCUCACUCUGGGUUGAGUGCAUUCGGCUGACUAACACACAAGCAGGGACCAUGCAUGCCAGAUUGGCAGGUCCAGUUUUCCAUCGCGGCGCCAUUGGCGCACUCCAGCUAAGGUUGACAAUUUCUUAAUUUGUGCUAUAAGUUGUUCUGAAUCAGCUGCUACCUGAUCGAUCUUUUUGCUUCCUCGCUCCCAAUGUCGUCUAGCUCUCGUCUACUACUAGAACGAAAGGAUAUUCUAUUAGCUAGCUAAUUAGUUUAUGCAUGCAUAUAUAUAGGUCACCUGCAGUUAGCAUCCAUCUCUUUAGUCAUUAGGCAUGUAGUUCACAUACAUUACUUUAUUUUUAGGCAUUUCGAGUUUACUUACACAUAUAGCUAGUGUUCUUCCUUGGACUCUUAUGGAAGAGUGCAAGGGGCAAAUCAAGUCUGGUGAUAGAGUCGCUGCUGGUUUUUCAUGUGCAGCGUUACUCAUCUAAUUCUGUCAUCCCUCAAGAUGACAUUUUUCAUGAGCCAUGUGUUGGUCCAUAGAAGUUUGUGGAGACACACACAAAUGGUUUACUGAAUUAGCGGUCAAACAAUCUGUGCUAGUCCAUCCUAUUGUAUACAUGCACUGACUAAUUAUGAGCGCAGCACCCUCAUUUUAGUUAGUUUCUCUCCAUUUUGGUCCUUAAUUAAGUAGUUUUAUUUCCCUUCCACUCCCAUGUCAUCCUGCAUCGGUCAUCUUCACAUUGAUCUUGUCAUCUUCAUCACCAAGCAAGCCAGCCAUGGUAAGGCCCAGUCAAGCUGCUGAUCCAUACAUCAUCGGAUGAACACAAUUGCUGCAACCACCGCCCUUGUGACAGCAGACACGUUAUCGUUACUAUUCGCUAUAGGUAGCGAUUUAUGUAAUAGCUAGCUACUAUGAAAUAUACUAUAUAUUUAGCUUCCUUGUAAGAGGCUAAUAAUGUUACCAUGCUUAUGUACCUCUUAUUAAGCACAACUACAUGAACUCAGCUAUGCCCGCCAUGACAUGGUAUAAAUGGCAAACACUAAUGCCUAGCUUAACUAUUUGCGCUCA